AUGGCAGUUGUUUUCCACGUACCACUGUGCGGAAUCCCAGCUGUCAACUUCACUAUAAAUCAAUCCAAAACCAUAAUUGGAGUCCCAAUCCAAUUUCCAGAAGCCCCACUAGAGGCCUAUGAUCAUUCAUCUCUUUCACUUUCAUAUGAUUGUGAAGAUGUUAGCAGUUAUUAUGCCCAAGUGGAGCAUUUGGAAGGUGAAGCGCUGAAGAAAAAAUUGAAUUCAAUCAUUUCAGAACAUCGAUCCUUGUCCUACAAAGAGGUAUGGAAUGCUCUCAAGAUUCUUGAUGCUGCUGAUGUAGAUAAUCCAGAAGCUUCGUUAGGAAUAGUUGAAAUUUACUCAUUAAGAGUUGUCUCAAAGGACUUGGCAGGAAAACCUGAAGGAUGGAAUAGGGAACACCUAUGGCCUCGGUCUUAUGGUUUAAUUGAUCAUCCCUCCUUGACUGAUUUACACAACAUUCGCCCUGCAGAUGUGAAUGUGAAUUCAUCUAGGGGAAACAAAUACUAUGGAGAAUGUGGUGUCAAGUCAAACAAGUGUUUGAAGCCAGCAAACAAGGAAGCGGCUUCUGACACAGAAACAGACAAGGAGAAAUGGACACCACCUCUGCAGGUUAGAGGGGAUAUUGCAAGGGCAUUAAUGUACAUGGCUGUGGGUUAUGGGUUUCAUCAACCAGGUGGUGGCCCUGGCCUUCGACUGUCUGAUUCUCCAAGCAUAAGAAACAGGGAGAUGGGACUGCUGUCUACGUUGUUGGAAUGGAAUGAAAUUGAUCCACCAUCAAGAGAAGAGAAGUUGAGAAAUGAGAGAAUAUGCAAGCUCUACCAGCACAACAGAAAUCCAUUCGUUGAUCAUCCAGAAUAUGCCAAUCUUAUAUGGAAGCAAGCUACUCCAAGCCAACGGAAUCGUUACAACCCUUCCUAAAGACAUGGAUCAAUGACAUUUCAGUACAACGGUCAAGGGAGAGAUCAAAAGGAGGGAUCUCAAUCCUGACUGUGAACCCAUUUAUUCAUCUUUAUCUAAACUUUGCUGUGAAUGGGUAUUGGAAAAUCAGAGAAGUUAAAAAAAUUGGAUGCUUAGAGCCCUCCAAGUGCUCUAUUGCACUUGUAACUAGCAAAUGAAGAAUCUAUAUCCAGCACUGAUUUUGUCCAUUGUAGAUAUAUUUAAAGGAUGACACCCAUAAUUAAUUUUAAUUUAAUGAUUAUGAAUUUAUUA